AUGCUGUCCAAGUUUGUGACUAUCGGCCUCUUCGCCUUGGCUUUGGCACAGGAGGAGACGGCGACUCCGAAGAGCGAGAAACGGCGCCAAUACGUGGCGCCAGCCGUCCCAGUGGCGCCCGUCGUGCCGGUGGCGCCAGUCGGUCAGUGUCCUGGCGGACCUUCGCUGCCGAUCGAGUGCGACCCGAAGCGACCAUGGCCUCAGUGCCCACCCCAAUCCUACUGCUACGCCACCAACUCGGUCGACAUCGGACCUUAUUUCUGCUGCCCGAUCUGGUCGACCUACGGCGCCGCCUGGCGUCCGGCCACUCCAUUCUACAACUACGUGCCUCCAGUCCCAUCCAACUGGCCUGAGGUCAUGAAAAUGACCGCCAACUGGCCCGCCGCUGCUAUCGGCCUCCCGGUCAAGGCCCGCAAGCAAGCCGAACAGACGACCGACGGCGAAGACGAGAAACGCGUCGAGAUCGGCUCCUCCAUCGACGCCUGGGUUCAGCGACAAAAGUUGUAA